UGUUAAAAAGACCUUUCCGAACUAUUGAAGAUAGAAAAUAUAUUUAAUACUUUGAUGGUUAUCAUAACACAAAAUGGCUUCUUUGCAUGGAAGCCGAAAGAUCAAUGAUGAUGUUCUACAUGAUUAAAGCUGAUUUGUGUUCAAAAGUUUAGAAGAUUUAUUUUUAUGGAUAUAACGAGCGUAUUACAUUUGGGAUGAAAAAUGUCAGAAGAUAAAACAUUUGUCGAUAUUGAUCAUCGUAAUAAAACUUACAGAAUUUAUUUUGGAAUUUUAAAAAAACUAGAGACACGAGGUUCUCAACACAACACACUAAAUUAGCAGUAACAAAUAUUAAAUGUUUUAUUUGAGGAUUGAUGUUGAAUAUUGAUAAAAGAAAUUGAAAUUGGAAGAAUUCAUAAUCUAGUGCUGUCAAUAUGAAUUGUUUUUUUUUAUAUCAAAAUUUAGACAUUUUUUUUACUGAUAAAUAGAGAUGUUUUUGAACACGUGAAGAAAAGUAAUAUUGGAAUGGAAGAGGCAACCACAAACAAUACGUCAUAAUUAUACACAAUCUGAACCAGAUGAAAGGGCGCCAUUGUUAUUUUUAACAGACAUCGGAAAUAUCACUCCGCUUUUGUGGACAUCAUCUAUAGGUGGGUAGAUUCAGGCCAGAUUAGAAGAAAAAAUGAAAACAGAAUGUGUUAAAUACCUCGAAAGAUUGAAUGUUCCAAAAUAUGAAACAACAUCUAUCUUAUGACUGAACAGUAUUAUCUAAAAUAACAUUUGAAUAAAUUUUAAACAUUUUGCGUCAUUCCACAAUUUCUAUCAGUAGCUUAAGGGCGGGUCAUGGGUAUACUUUGAUUAAUUAAACUGGUUUAUUCUCGGCAAACGUUUCUCCGAUUCUUGUGCAAUACUAACCCCAAAUUUAAACACAGUAUAAAUGUCCGAAUAACUAUGCCUAUGAAGUUACAGGGGUAUCACGAAUCAGCCAAUUAAAGACAAUAAUUUCUCAUAUAAGUUACGUAAGCCUCUUCAAACAAAUCUGGUGAUUGUUUUCAAUACAGCUUAAUAUUUUAAUUUGCAAUAUUUAGCCAAGGUAAAUUGACUAUAACGUGACAUUUGGCUUUUGGUUUAUAUAGUUAAACAUACUUUUAUUUGCGUUACGGCGCCCUGUGAAAUCCAUGAUGGGACAACCCCUUUAAAGUAGAUAUUGUUAAUCUAAAACAGCGUUGGGUAUAAAAUGAAACGAAGCGGACGAUGUGUUUGGGGAAAAAAAUCAUUGAUUGUACAUUCCAGUUAUUUCUAUCGACUUGUAAUCGAAAAUAAUUCCAUCCGUGAAAACAUUUGCACGAGGUUGAAUGUGUGAUUUAUUUUAUUCCAAACGUCUCGUUCGAGGGUAACGAAGUGCAUAAUGACACAAGCAAGAUGGUGGUAAAUUGUCAUUUUAAAUCACCUUAGUAACAGGCUGGAUGAUAAAUGAUGGAAUUUGAAGAACACGCACCUAUUGUUUAUGAGGUUGAUAAUGCAAUUAUAUGUUAUUCAACACGGGUGGAGAAUAAAAUUAAAAUCUAGUUACAUUAAGAAUUUAGUUUUGGGUCGUUUACAUUUCUAUUAGGUUUUUUUCUGCUUGUAAAUAAUAGAAAAGUGAAGUCGUAUUAAAUAUCGUCAAUGGAGUAGUAAUGAAUCGUACAUGUAAAUUGGAUUUACUUGUCAGAACACCAUAGACAACAAGAUUUGGUCAUAAACAUGGAUGAAGAAAUUCUAGGAAGGAUUUGCAAAAACACAAAAAACUCUACAUAUUCUGACAAUCGCUCAUUGGAUUAAAGUUUUACAUUAGCGGAUAAGUGUGGUGACUUACGUGUCGUUUUACAGCCAAUAAUACAACACAUAUCUAUAACACAUUCUCUGCAUCAUAUACAAUCCAGUGACAGCGUGCUGCUUUUUUGAUAUAUGAUUAUUAUGAAAGAUGGUAUGAUCUGGAAAGCAGGUGAAAAUUAUUGACAGGCGUAAUUGUAUUUAAAAUGUAGCCUACAAUUUAACAGGUUAAUUGUUUUACAGUACACUUUAGGUUCGGAUAUUUACCUUCCUCGGUGAUGAGUUUCAACAAUCUCUGUUUAAUAAGCACAAAUUAAUUAAGCGAAAGAAAAUGAUGGAUUGGAAAGCUUACAAACACGAUGGAUACGAGUUUUGCCGUGUUAAUUACUAUGCUACAACAUUGGAUUUAAACCAAACUAACGUAUAGGUAUAUGACGUCAUAUCAAUCACCUUUGAUGGAUUACCAGACAUCUGUGAAAAUGCCUGCUGUGUUUUGAGGGAGUCUGCCAAUGUUGCAAACUUUUUAUAACACAAGUUUUUUUUUAUCUGGAUUAGCGCUUCAACAUGUUUUGUUUGUUUUUUAAUACAACAAAAACAAUUUAACGUGCACAAAUGUUAUCCUGGUGUAUUCGUCUGGACAAUUGUGUGUGGCACCUGAGCAACAUUUAGGCCUACAGUGAUUUGAAAACAUAAAAUGGCGGAAAAUGUGUCGAGUUCUGUGUUUGGUAUAGGGGUGAACACUUCUAAUCAAACCAUUGGACUAGAGGAAGAACUGGGAUCGAAAGCAGCUGUGCCUAUAACCUUUGUGUACAUUCUGAUUUUUAUAACUGGUGUGUUCGGCAAUAUAUGCACGUGCAUUAUCAUCAUUAAAAAUCGUUACAUGCACACACCAACUAAUUAUUACCUGUUUAACCUGGCCGUGUCCGAUUUAAUGAUGUUGGUGCUGGGUUUACCGUAUGAGAUUUAUACGUUGUGGUCGUCAUAUCCUUUUCUACUGGGUGAAACUAUUUGCCGGCUCAGACUCCUGGCCGCUGAGGCCUCAACGUAUACCUCCAUUUUGACCAUCACCGCCUUUACGGUGGAACGUUAUAACGCCAUUUGUUAUCCAAUGAGGGCCAAUAACUCUAAUUUAUCACGUGUUGUCAAGGUGAUAAUAAGUAUCUGGUCCUUGUCUGUCUUGUGUUCAAUACCCGUAGCACUACAAUUUGGAAUAAUCUACGACACAUUCGAUGGAAACGUUCCAAUAUCAGAAUCUGCACAGUGCAAUACAAUAAAUGAAUCGGAGGCUAAAAUUGUGUUUCAAGUGUCGACAUUUUUAUUUUUUAUUUUUCCUAUGACAGUGAUUGGAAUUUUAUAUUUUAUGAUUGCCCUAGCAAUUAGGCGAUCGGUUCUCAUUAGAAGUGGUUCUGAUUCGUCCAAUGACAGUCAAACAACGUCAGCCAGUGUUUUAAACCCUGACACGAGGGGCCAGCAACAGUCACUGAUCAGGCAAUCUGUCCUUAAAAUGCUCGUUGCUGUUGUUGUUGCCUUUUUUGUUUGCUGGGCUCCGUUCCACGCACAAAGACUUUUGGUUGUUUAUGUGGAGGAUUGGACUUCAACUCUGAUGCAGGUUCAUGACUGCUUGUAUUAUAUAUCUGGCGUGCUGUACUAUAUUAGCUCGACUAUUAACCCAAUCUUAUAUAGUAUCAUGUCCGUCAAGUUCCGCCAGGCCUUCCGCUCUACCAUCCUCUUUCCAUGUUGUCAAACUAAUCGGAGAAAAUCGCGGAAUUCGUAUACGUAUAAAUUCUCCCAUCAGAAGAACUCCGGUGACACUAACUGUACCCCUGUAGAGAGUAGUCCUCCUGCUAGAUGUUGUGUUCCAGUACCACCUCGAUCCCCACAACGCUGUGAUGAUUGUCCCAUGGAAAGGAUUUCAUGGAAAGGAAACGAAUGACAGCGUUAAUCGAUCGAUAAACUUGUUCAUCAACUUGGGUUGAUAGUGGCUGAUCAUGGCCUUAAUCCGGUGUUACAAAAAGGGAUACCCAUGGAGUGGUUUGCCUUUUCCAUGAAAAAGAACCAAAUCAGUAUAAUUACCCGGUGUUCUUAAUUUCCAUUCCAAUAAUAGUGCUGUGUCUUCUGGGUUUUACUACCAAGAGCAUUACUCUAGUAAAAAAACAACGUUGGUUUGAAAAUCGUAAUGUGUUAUUAGGAAGAAGCCAGUGAUGUCCUUAUGGGCUGUUAGCCAGUGUUCGUUGAUGCGCACGACUUUGGUAAAAAUAACGAGUAAAUACAAAGAUCAAAAUAAUAUCACAGAGAAUGUUACAAACAGUUACUGCUGAAUGAUAUAACACCGGGAACAAUUUUAUGAAUACACAAUUACUAAGCGAAGUUUCGAAGAGGAUAUACUGAGUUUAAUACUAAGCGACGUUUCGACGAGGAUACUCUUGUCUUGAUAUCAAGUUAAAGUCAGACGUUUUUCAAUUCCGUUUCCGCUUGCUUUAGUUUCCGUGUAUUUUAUUUCACCACCUCAACUUGACCUAACAGCUGACAGGUUUAUCACUGUGCUCUUGCUUGUGUAACUUUUCUAGUCAUAGCCCCGUUCACUAUUUAUAAACUCAUUAAAGUUUCGGGCAUAACGCAACCGAAACCAGCCUUCUGAACCACAGUUGUUCUGAAUAUGUGUUAGAUUUUAUAAGUGUAGCAAAUGAGAACCAUAAAAAUGAAAGAUGAAGAUAUACUUUUUGUUUGAUAGGUGGUGCUUCUAACAACUGCUGCGCCUGUCCAACCUCGUGGGUUUUCUCCGGGUCCUCCGGUUUCCUCCCACUGCUAAAGACCCCUAUGCGCAAGCGAAUUAUUGAAAUAAAAUUAAACCAUAUGUUAAUCCCGAAAUGACCUAGUUGUGUCGAGUGGACGUUAAACCCCAUUUCUCUCUCUCUCUCUAACAACUGCAAUGGAUAUAUUGUAUAAGUGUUCUAAAAAAAGAAAUGAAUAAAUUAAAAACUCCA